AUGGAAGAGAAAGUAAUCAAGGUGAUAUUAGGCGACUUAGCGGUUCAACCAAUGUUUCCAUCAAUAAUGAGACAGAAGCUAACUAAAGGAGGCGCUAAAAGGGGUGACGAUGGCGGGGGUGACUUUGGACGACACAGGAGUUCUGUCAACACUUCGUCCAAACAUGAGACGGGAGCUCACGUGUGGGUCAUUAUCAUCUCAUUCUGGGUCCACAUCCAAACCAAACGCCAGUCCCAACUGGACUCGUCGUCCAACUCAUAUCCAUUGUCUAACCGCCUGUCGGGCGACCAGUCUUUCGUUGACGUGCCCUUAGAGCCCAUCGCUAUCACUGUGGAUAAUGGACUCAAACCACAGUUUAAUAGAAUUUAA